AACCCUCACAAUGUUGUUCCGCAAUCUGAUACCCGCAGCCAUUGCGCUGCUGCCCGCCCUUGUCUCGGCAUCUGCCGUCAUCGACCUCGAGCCGUCCAACUUUGACGCCGUGGUGCUCAAGUCUGGCAAGCCGGCGCUCGUCGAGUUCUUCGCCCCCUGGUGCGGCCACUGCAAGAACCUCGCUCCCGUCUACGAGGAGCUUGCCACCGUGUUCCAGCACGCCGGCGACAAGGUCAGCGUUGCAAAGGUCGAUGCUGACAACCACAAGUCGCUGGGCAAGCGCUUCGACGUGUCGGGCUUCCCCACGCUCAAGUGGUUCGAUGGAAAGAGCGACAAGCCCACCGACUACACGGGCGGACGCGACCUGGAGAGCUUGAGCAAGUUCAUUACCGAGAAGACGUCCAUCAAGCCCAAGGUCAAGGGCAAGCUUCCUAGCCAGAUUGUGUUCCUGGACGACAAGAGCUUCAAGGAGAAGGUUGGAAAGGACCAGCACGUGCUUGUUGCCUUUACUGCUCCAUGGUGCGGACACUGCAAGACGCUCGCCCCCAUCUGGGAGACGCUCGCCAACGACUUCAUCAACGAGCCUAAUGUCCUCAUCGCAAAGGUUGACGCCGAAGCCGAGAACGCAAAGGCCCUCGCUCAGGAACAGGGCAUCUCGUCGUACCCCACGAUCAAAUACUUCCCCAAGGGCUCCACCGAGCCUCUCCCAUACACUGGCGCCCGCGACGAGAAGGCCUUUAUUGAGUUCCUCAACACAAACACGGGCACACACCGCGCUGUUGGUGGUGGUCUCGAUGCUACCGGUGGCACCAUUGAGGCAUUCAAUAGCAUCAUUGAGAAGUUCCAGGGCUCGUGGGCCGGUGGUGUCAAGGAGGCCAAGACCGUUGCGGCGACGCUGGAGGACAAGUACGCCAAGUACUACGUCAAGGUCUUUGAGAAGAUUGCUGCCAACACGGACUACGCCGAGAAGGAGCUCAAGCGUCUGCAAGGACUCAUCGCCAAGGGCAACCUCGCCCCGGAGAAGAUGGAUGACCUGAUGAGCAGGAGCAACAUUCUCAAGAAGUUCACGGGUGAAACUGAGGAGAAGUCGGAGUUGUAGACGACUUGGACGUCUGCGGAUGGAUCGCAAUGAUGAUAUGAAUACCGCUGGUACAUAUGAAUACCACUGGUACUGAUGCAGAUGCGUCAUGACAAAUAGGAUGAGCAGGACGAGGAUGCAUGUGGCGCAAGAGCGCCAUGAAGAAAUGCUAGAGCGAGCGACAUGGGUCAUUCAGUGAAACGAACCCAAGCAAUACCCAAUUUGAAAAUGCUGUAAAUCUAUACCAUUG